AUGCUGCCCUCUGUUUCUUGGGGGUUUUCUUGGCGAUUUAGAAUCGGGCUCCAUUGGAUCCGGGGGUUGUUUCUUCUCCGCGGCCCGGUGGUGGAGCGCCUAUCCCUGCAGCGGCUAUUGCGAGAGAUGGAGCGAGGGCUAGAUGAGAUGGAGCGAGGAGACGGGCUGCCCCGAGGAGACAGUGCUUCAAAUCGGGGAGGUUCAGGUUCUGCCACCACAUUCGCAAUUAUAGUGGAAUUUUUUCCCUGUAAAGCCAAGCUCAGUGAUGGCAGUGUCCAAGACAUUGAUAGAGAUACCACCGUGAGGUUGGAUGUCGAUUUUGCAGAUGUUGAUCCCCAGGAAUUGGAGAUCAUGAAGGAGAAGGCCGUGGGCAAUUUGGUGGAGAGAAUUGGGGAGAGUAUUGUUUGGGGUCCAGAACAAGAGGUAUCUCUGCAACGUUUCGAUAACUAUAAUGGUGAAUAUGUGAGAAUUGAAGAUGGAGAAUCCAUGGUUGCUGAAAUUGAUCAGCAAGGAGGAUGGGCAAGCAAACAAGUAACAUUUUAUGCAGAGCUAAUUGAUCUGCAAACUCAUUCCAGAGUUGGUUAUGUGCCAUCAAAGAUGGCUGCAUAGAUGGAAGAUGAUGAGUGGGCUUCACAAAAGAAGAUGUUGGCAUUGUUGACUGAACCGACUAUAGUAGCUGAAGAUACUGGGAUUGAUGCAGAUGGAGAGGAGGGAACCCAUGGUGCUAGGAAGAUUGUUGUUGACUGGAAUGUAGUAGAGUUGAAUGAAAAAACAGAUUUGGU